AUGACAUCAAUGGUAUCCAAAUUCAUACCGAAGGCUCCCCCGUUGGAUACAGUAAUCCUAAAGAAGAUCCAGGGCUUUGUUGACCAAUCGAAAAGCAUAAGUUUCUUGACUGGAGCAGGCAUAUCAACAGAAUCUGGUGGGGAUUAACACGUCUUGUGGAAAGUUCUUAAGGGAUUCCUGAUUAUCGAUCUGAGGGUGUCGGUUUGUACGCGCGAACCAAACAUCGACCAAUACAAUAUCAGGAUUUGAUGAAGAAUGAAUAUUGGAGAAGGAAAUAUUGGUCUAGGAACUAUGUGGCCUGGGAACGGUUUAAUCGUGCCAAGCCCAAUGUGGCUCAUUACACUUUAGCCGAGUGGGAGCAGAGUCAGAGGUAUAAUUCCAAUAAGUUGCUGUAGGAUUUGUAAUAUAGAGUGAACUGGCUGAUCACCCAGAAUGUAGAUGGCCUUCAUACGGAUGCUGGAUCUACAAAAUUAACGGAACUUCAUGGAUGUGGAAAGAGAGUAAUCUGCACGGAAUGUCAAAAGAUCUCCCCGCGGUGGGUCUCUUGGAAUCGCAACCUUUAUAUCCAUUAUUAGAUCCGAGAUACAAGACAUGAUCACGAAAUUGAACCCAGAUUGGGCAGUAAAAGAAAUUGGAGAAAUGCGGCCCGAUGGAGAUGUGGACAUCCCUGAUGAUGCUUUGAUCAACUUCAGAAUCCCGUUUUGCAUUAAUUGCGGUGAGAGGAGUAUUUUAAAAACAAAUGUCGUCUUUUUUGGAGAGAACGUCCCCAUGAAAGAUGUGGAUGUCUGUUAUGAGAAGGUAUUGGAGCCAUGAUAAAAUUGUAUUAUCUUGUUUUAGGUGAAUAGUUCAGAUCUUUUGAUUGUUUUGGGCUCUUCUUUGUCCGUAAUGUCAUCUUUCCGCUUUAUCCAUCACGCAUCCAUCAAGGGUAUUCCUAUAAUCAUCAUCAACAUUGGUCCAACCCGUGGAGAUCACCUAGCUGCUCUCAGAUUACCAGCCAGGGUCUCUGAAGUAGUUGUAAAACUGAAUAUUUAG